UCAGUCACUAUUUUAUUCACUACGAUACAAAGGUUGCGCGUAUUGUGUAUUCAUUGACGCCUAAACUGCUGUUGACCGUGCCGCGCUUGCAGAACGACAAGUCCUGGCGGCCCGAACACCGUCCCAAUGCCGGCGUUAACCUGUGUGGGAUCGAAUCAAGACUUCAAGCUUAAUUCAAGACAAGAGAGAUUCGCAUCGUUGGACCAACAGUCACUAAUGCUGGCGGAAGGAAAAUCGUCAGCUGGGGGUUCGUGGGUCGAACCCCGGUCCACAAAACGUUAUUCACCUUACCCCAAGAACUCAGGCGACGUACCGCCAGCAAAGAGCAUGGUUCACAGUCCGGUUGACCAUUUCACAAUUCAAGAUUCAGUUUCUGAGGAUAAAGAAGACAACAGUAGAGAAGAUGUUUCAUCUCGUAUCAGCCCUUUAGCCUUUAGAAGAAGCAACAACACAAGCGACCGACCAGACAGUAGGCGUAGUAGCUCUGAUUCGCCAUUUGAAGAAGACGAAGCCUUCCACGGAAGCGGAACAACGGGGACUGACGAAAUAGAGCAGAACCAAUGCUUCCCGGGCGGCAUGUUCCCCAACGCGUUAUCCACGGCCAUGAACCGCGGUAGCAAUAUGCGCGAAGUUUUACCUUGGCUCAACGCCAGGAAAGAGGACGAUUCGCAGUUCUUGGACAAGAACCAUAAUUUCUUCUCAAGAACAAACGCUGAGGUAUCUAGCACGAGCAACCGUGAAAAUGGCUUCGACAGCGAGCAUGGGAGUUCAAGUAACGAAGAAGCGAGUGCGCAUGAGGAAAAACAUUUCAACUGUGAGCACUGCGAGAAGUCUUUCACCGACCCUAGCAACCUUCAACGUCAUAUCCGGCAGCAACACGUGGGCGCAAGAGCGCAUCCAUGUCCAGAAUGCGGGAAGACGUUCGCUACAUCUUCUGGACUCAAACAGCAUCAGCAUAUACAUAGUAGUGUGAAGCCUUUCACGUGUGAAGUGUGCCACAAAUCCUACACACAGUUUAGUAACCUAUGCCGACACAAGCGCAUGAGGGCCGAUUGUAGAACACAGAUCAAAUGUAGAAGCUGCAGCCAGUUGUUUCCAAAUUCAAGUUCAUUGAACAAACAUCGUAGAUUUUGUGAAAGUAAAGCCCUUUACCGUGGGAGUGCCAACAUAAAUAUGUGCUCGGCUGCGGUCCAACAAGCCAUGACGGCCAAUAAUGAAAAUAGAAAUCGACUCCAAGACUGCGGGGGUGCCGGGACAUCUCAUUAUGAGAAGAUGGUUCGUUACAAUUCACUAGCAGGGCUUGGAGCAGCAAACCCUUCCCUGCUUUCCAAUGCUUUCGGGGUCGAAGGACUUCGUCCUGGUAUUUGGAACCCCACUGCUGAGCAAGUUCGUACCAUGUACCCACUACACCCUUACCCAUUUGCAUCAGGUACACCGUUGGGGAAUUCCCUCAUGGCAUCAAUGUUGCCCCACCAUCCUUCACGGCUUCAAAAACCUCUUGCGUUCGACUCACGCGGGUUUGACUCACCAGCACCUACUAGCGGAAGCAAUGAAAUGAAAAUGGGAAAACCUAGCAUGGCGCAUGCGCAGAUUCAAUGCUGUAACCCAAACACUGACAAUGUAGACAACCUACCCACGCGUGCUGGCGUCCACUUUCCAUACGCUUUGCGCACCAAUGCCUCUAACUUUAUCGGCCUUCCAUCGCUGCCGAUACCAAUCUCACACGGGGUAAACAACAUUGCAAUCCAGGUUGAUCUCAACAGCCAUUUGUUACCAAAGCAGAGAAAGCAGUAUCCAAUAUUUGUGCCAAGCGAGAGGAAUUCCCAUAAAUUGGCUGCCAGUCACCGCUCCGAAUUUUCUUUUCCACAUCACCAAAGCGAUGAUUUGUCCCCUAGAGAGAGUCCUCAUUUUAAUCUUCCGCGUAACUCCGGCUCCAAGGAUCUCUCAGAUGAAAGAAGCUUCAACUUUCAUAGAAAUGUUGCAUCUCCUCCGGAUCAGAAGAUAGAUGAUCAGGAACCUCCACGAAGCAAACGCGCAGGCAUUUGGCAUCCAAUACUCUCGCCUCAUUCAAGCAGUGGUAGUACAAACAGUGACAAUCGAAGAGAACAGUCAGGAGAACAGAAAAAUAUCCCAACUCCACUACCUACCCCUAGCCCAACAAAAUCACCACUGCCUAUUAACAAGCGUCCAUUCUAUCCUGCUGCCUAUCAGCCUUACUUGAAUUGUAAUCCACUCUACCCUUACUCUCUGGCUUUAGCAGCAGCCACGGCCUACCUACAACGUCACAGAUCAGCAACUGAACCUGAAUCUCCUAUCAACACAUCAGCUGAAAAUUCUCCGUCUUAUACAAUGGGCAGUUCAAAGCCAUCAGCGGAUUUUAAAAACGAUACAAGGCGAAACAAGGACACUACCCCACUCGACCUAACAAUGCGGAAGAGUUUGACUCCAGUGCAGUCCAAAGAAUCGGACGAUAAACUCGGCCAAGAGAACAGUUCCCAUUUCCCUAUCUCGUCUCGAAUUUUCGAACCUCCCAAAGGUUUCCCCUUUGCUCCAAACGGCAUGUUCAAUUUUCCAAGAACUGGGGAACCGAAUUGGCAAAUGACGGAAAAGGCAUUAUCGUGCGUCAACUUCUUGAACCGGUGGCGACCCGAUCUUGUGCGAGCUGCAGGCAACCAACCGACGCUACAUCCACUACACAUGCCACCGCAGUCAGCAAAGCCGAUUUUAUACGAGGCAAUGUUUCAGCAUUUGUCAAGGCAGUCUGCACCUCUUCAAACGGGGGGUCGCCCCAAUGAUUCCCAUAUGGAACACCCGUUGAAAGCAUAUGCAGAACAACAACAGCAACGUAGCCCACAGUAUCAGAACUCAAACAACAAUAGCAGCCAUUCUUUCAUAAGAAACAAUAUGCUCAACUUGAACAAGAAGCAUCCGUUCCAACAUGGCGGCACCCAGCAUUCUUUUCGUGAACAUGCCCAAUCAAGUAUGGACGAUACCUCUUUCCGACGAAAGUUCGCUCCUUUUCCAACUUCGCGCCCAACCUCUAUCAAUCUACGCCACAACAGCCAUCCGCUUUAUUCCGGUCCAAACCGGUACCUGCGAGCACCGUCCGCACGCAUUGGGAAAGAAAGGUAUACCUGCAAGUUUUGUGGCAAAAUCUUCCCUCGUAGUGCGAACCUCACUCGCCACGUGCGGACACACACCGGAGAGCAACCUUACCGAUGUAAAUACUGUGAUCGAAGUUUUUCUAUUUCCUCCAACCUACAAAGACAUGUCCGCAACAUUCAUAACAAGGAACGACCUUACACAUGCAAUCUUUGCGGGAGAGCAUUUGGGCAACAAACCAACUUAGAGAGGCAUUUGAGAAAACACGACGACAAGCGUUCCAGAAAUUCGGAUGAUAUUUUCUCUGGAAAAACUUCCCUUCAACAAGAAGACGAAACAUCUGAUGACUGCUAUGUACCUUCGCCUUCGUACAACGAGGCUAAGAAUAACCACGGCUUAAGUUCAGAUUCCUUCCCAGGCGAUGGAAGGUCGAAUGCUGGAUUCGCUUCUGGUAACACUGAUGACGUAUUUUCACCUCGUGCAGAUACCGCGUGUCUUGACGCACCCGAUGCGACAGAUUCACAAAGAAACAGUGAGCGGAGUCCUACAUAUUGGUCGGCGUACCAAUCCAACCAAAGCGACAAUGAACCUGAGAUGACUUACACAAAGCCAGAAAAGGAGGGCGAGACCAUGAGUGCGUCUGACGCGUUGGUUAAUAUUGCAAAAAAUCGUCAAGAACCACAGAGGUUUUUUGAUGAAAUUUCUGCGAGACAUCGACAACCCGAAGCCCGCAGAAUUUCCGAAGAUCGCUCGUCAGCAAACACGUCACCCUACGAAUAAUGCUGGCAUAAGCUCAUGGUCUGCUUAGUACCCCAUCGUACUUUAGCGUAAACGCAUUCAAUGUUCCUAAACUCUGUGACAUUUAGCAUUCAUACCUGUAGAGAUUGGAGUACUAUCAAUGCUUGUUAGCGUGUUGUCCUGUUGUUUUUCCUACCUUGAUUGUGCGUGUUGUUUUACAAACUUACCGAAUAAAUUGCAAUGCAUUAGACUGU